ACAGAUUAAACAAUGCAGUUUUAGAAACUGAACUGUAACAUAUCAGAGAAAACUUAUAAAAAUGCCUCAUAAGAGCUCAUUUCCUAUGAAAGUGUCUUUGUGUGGACAUCUCAACACAAUGAAGUAUCUCAUUUUGGCGGCCACGCUGUUGGGCUGCGCCCUCGGCCAGAAUGCGUCAGACAAGCUGUUCAUGCAGUAUGGCGGCAACCAGACAAGUUGCCUGGACGCCACGCAGUUUUCAAGUGCUUGGCAUCACUUUGAUCUUGACAAUGACGGGGGCGUGACGAGGUUGGAGUUCGACACGGUCUGGAAACGGGAGAGCUUCCCGGACAGCGCUCAGUCACCUGCCAACUUCCUGGAGAUCGACAUCAACAGAGACGUCAUCCUCGACGACAGAGACUUUGCCUAUCUCUUCAAGCUAUUCGAUGAAAAUGGUGACGGUGAGGUGUGCAUGACUGAGUGGCGGCAGAACUUCAAAAGUCUCUUCCAACUGGGUUAAUACAUAGUUUCAGACUGUUUCUCUUGUAUAUCAAACCAAAAAUAAACAGAAGAAAAUCGAA